AUGGCUGCAACUGGCAAAGGGUUGAUCUGCAUACCUGGCCGCAUCUCACAUCAGGGAAUUAUGACUGUCAGGAAGACAGGCUUGCAAACCAGAGUCCAGUCACUUGAAGCAUCUCUGAGGAAAGCCAGCCAGCAAGAAGGCACUCUUCUCCAGCUCUGGAUUACAACCAGCUGGAAGUUCAGCAAUUCAGACCAGAAUCCCAAAACUGCAGCUGGCUCCUACCUGGAUGCUGGGUGGACCCAGAGCACAAGACAUUACUUGGCAGUAAUCCCUGCUGAUCUCCACUACCCAUCAGUCCAAGUUGCCUGCCUGCAUAUCACCUGCAAUGAGGAGAAGAUCUAUGCAAUGCUGUCUAUAGAGCAGUCUGAAGGAUACAAUGUCUUGGUGCACAACGAGAUUCAGCAGAAAAGAAGCUUUAUGUGUAGCAAGUUUCAGGUUUCACCUCCAGCUGGAGGCACAGAGGAGGUUGCUACCAUCAAAUUGUUCAUCACUGGCCGCAGGAUCAGUAUUUCUGAGGAAAAGAAGGUCCUGAUCCAUAGGCUUGGCACCAGCACCUUCAUCCAGACGGACAAACCCAUUUAUAAGCCAGGACAGACAGUGAAAUUUCGUAUUGUGACCAUGAACGAGGACUUCAUUGCACUCAACAACUCGUACCCAUUCGUGUUCCUUCAGGACCCUAACAACAACCGGAUUGGCCAGUGGCUGGACGUGGUAGCUCAGGAUGGCAUUGCAGAUUUAUCUUUCCAGCUAGCUGCUGAGCCUCCCCUGGGGAUGUAUGUCAUCAACGUAGCCAAUGGGAAAGCAUACAGCAGCUUCUCCGUAGAGGAAUAUGUGCUGCCAAAAUUUGAAGUGAUUUUUGAGAAGCCAAUUCAUAUUUACGUUUUGGAUAAAACUUUCCCGCUACAGGUGUGCGGCAGAUACACCUAUGGGAAAGGUGUGCAAGGGGGGAUGGAGGUAACCUUGUGCCGGAAGCGUUGGUCCCUGCCCAGCCCGGAUAAAUCAGACCUCUGUAAGAGCUACCUCAGCCAGACAGAUAAGAUGGGCUGCUUCUCUACAUCUGUCAAUCUGGGUGACUUUCUCCAAGUCUCUUCCAACUUCAGGGACAGCAUUGAUGCAAUGGUCACAUUAAAGGAGAUUGACACAGGAGUGCAGGUCAAUGCCUCUGGCAACUUCUUCAUCUCCAGGACAGCUGGGAGAGCCACAUUUGAGGAGGCAAACCCUUACUACUACAGUGGAGAGGUCUACACAGGGAAGGUUAAGAUGGUUGAUCACCAAGGCAGGUUAAUGAACAGCACAAACGUUUACCUGAUUGUAAACUACAAAGGGAAACAGUUCACGGCAAUGUUCACCACAGAUGACUCUGGGAGAGCUUACUUUGAGCUGGACACAAAUGCUUGGGGUGAUAAUCCAGUCUCACUGGAGGGAAGGUUCCUGCCUCAGGAUCCAGAGUACGUUCCAGGGACAGCCGGUGUGGUUUACCAGAAUGCCUACCAUUUCAUACAGCCAUUUUACACCACCACUGAGAGCUUCCUCAGGAUUGUACGUGUGCCAGAGAUUCUGCCUUGUGGCAAAAUGCAGCAGGUUAAGGUGGACUACAAAAUUGACCCGCGAGACCUGAUGCAUGGCUCCAAACAUAUGACUUUUUCCUACUAUGUCACUGGUAAAAAGGGACUCAUCCUUUCAGGUCAGAAGAGUGUCUGGGUUGGCCUGCCAAGCAUGAUGUCAGGCCACUUCUUUAUCCCUCUGGUCUUCACCUCUGACUAUGCCCCAGCUCCUACCAUCAUAGUGUAUGUCAUCUUCCCCACUGGAGGAAUCAUUGCAGACAGUGCCCCCUUCAGUGUUUCCAUGUGCUUCAAAAAUAAGGUGAAGCUGGGCUUCUCAGAGGAGGAGGCCCUUCCUGGCUCAGACGUCAGCCUCCAGAUGCAAGCAGCUCCUGGAUCUGUGUGUGCUGUCCGGGCUGUGGAUCAAAGUGUGCUUCUGAUGAGGCCAGAAAAAGAGCUGAGUAACUCCGUGAUCUAUGGGUUGUUCCCAUAUAUUUACCGCUCAGGUUACCCUUACCAAGUGUCUGAAGAUAACUACUGCUGGUUCCCAGAUGCUCAGCAGCCAGAUGUGUUCACAUUGUUCAAGGCAAUGGGCUUGAAAGUCUUAUCCAACACCAAUAUCCAGAAGCCAAGGGAGUGUCUAAUUACUACACCCAAACCAUAUAUGUGGGAUGAGAUAAGACCAUUUCUCCAAACAUUUUCUAUGACUGGGACAACAACUACACUUGGAAUCACCACACCUAUGCCGGUACCCACCAUUGAAGAGAAAGUUCGCAAGUAUUUUCCCGAAACCUGGAUAUGGGAUUUAUUUCCUAUAGGUCCCAAAGGAAAUAGGAAUGUCACAGUUACUGUGCCUGACACCAUCACUCAGUGGAAAGCUGGGAUGUUCUGCACAGCUGAGACUGGCUUUGGGCUUGCUCCUACCACAAGCCUCCGGACCUUCAAGCCAUUCUUCGUAGAGCCCACGCUGCCAUAUGCUGUGAUCCGGGGAGAGACCUUUGUCCUGAAGGCCACCGUCUUCAACUAUCUUCCUAAGUGCAUUAUGAUCCAGGUGACCCUGGCAGAGUCCUCAAACUAUCAGUUGGAGCUGUGUAAGAGCUGUCUCUACACCACCUGCCUGUGUGGCAACGAAGCCAAGACAUUUCAGUGGGAAGUCACACCUACAUACCUGGGGUUGGUGAAUAUCACUCUCAGCACAGAGGCCCUGGCCACCAAAGAGCUCUGUGGAAAAGAGAGGCCAUUUGUGCCAGCCCGAGGACGGACAGACACACUGAUCAAACCACUUCUAGUUCAGCCAGAGGGAGUGCUGGUGGAAAAGGCUCACAGCUCCUUGUUGUGCCCCAAAGAAGGGAAUCCAGUGCAGGACUUGGUGCCCUUGAAGCUACCCAGUAAUGUGGUGAAAGGUUCAGCCAGAGCUACUGUGUCCAUCAUUGGUGACAUCAUGGUCAUAGCACUGCAGAACCUGGACCGGCUGGUGAAGAUGCCCCAAGGCUGUGGGGAGCAGAAUAUGGUGCUCUUUGCUCCCAUCAUCUAUGUGCUGCAGUACCUGGAGAAGACGGGGCAGCUUACCCCAGAGAUCAGGGACCGGGCAACAGGCUUCCUGUGCAGUGGACAUCAGAGGCAGCUGCUCUAUAAACAUCAUGAUGGUUCCUACAGUGCAUUUGGGACUAGAGAUGAAGAUGGUAACACCUGGCUGACAGCAUUUGUGGCCAAGUGCUUUGAGCAGGCCAAGCGGUACAUCUUCCUCGAUGACAGGAAUGUCCGGGAUGCGCUGAGCUGGAUACAGCUUCACCAGCUGCCCAAUGGCUGCUUUGAGAGUGUGGGCAAGCUCUUCAACACUGCAAUAAAGGGCGGCGUGGAUGGCGAGUUCCCCCUAGCUGCCUACAUCACUGCAGCAUAUCUGGAGACUGGGGAGAUGGUGAAUAGCAGCGUGGUGCAGAAGGCCCUGGGCUGCCUCACUCAGGCUCUUCCCAACAUUACCAGCACCUACACAAAAGCACUGCUAGCCUAUGCCUUCACUUUGGCUCAGGACACCCAGCACAUGAAGCAGUUGUUUCAGGAACUAGACCAGAAGGCCAUCAAAGCAGGAGGGCAGAUCCACUGGAGCCAGGCCCCCUCCAAGCCACCCAGCACCAGCACCUGGUCCCAACCCCAGUCAGUGGAUGUGGAGUUGACAGCCUACAUGCUCCUUGCCCUGCUUUCCAAGCCAGUGACCAGGGCUGACAUUGCCACAGCCUCUAGCAUUGUGGCCUGGCUCACCAAGCAGCAGAAUGCCUAUGGGGGCUUUGCCUCCACGCAGGACACAGUGGUUGCCCUUCAGGCGUUGGCCAAAUAUGCUGCCCUGACAUACAGCAAGGAGGCAGACUUGGAGGUGAUGGUGGCAUCCCAGGGCAGCUUUGAGAGGAAGUUCCAGGUCACCCACAAGAACCGGCUGCUGCUGCAGCAGGAAACACUGACAGAAGUCCCUGGGAAGUACUCACUCCAGGCCAAGGGCAGAGGCUGUGUCUUUGCCCAGAUGGUACUGAGGUACCAUGAGCCUCCCCCACAGGCCUCUGUAACCUUCGCUUUGCACAUCACCACAGAGCUGGUCAACUGCAACAGCAGAGAUGUGUCCAUCCUCACUCUUCGUGUUAGUGUCAGCUACAUUGGGAGGAGAGUUGUUUCCAACAUGGUGAUUGUGGAAGUCUCCCUGCUGUCUGGAUUCAUCCUGGCUUCGAGCUCUAGCACAUCUCUGCAGCAGAACCCCCUUGUGAGGAGAAUGGAGAUGAGCCGAAGUUCUGUCUCCAUCUACGUGGACCAGCUGAGCAAUACCUCCCAGACGUAUGCCCUAAAAUUGGAGCGGGAGAUCAAGGUGACCAACUUGAAGCCACGCCACAUCAAGGUCUAUGACUAUUACCAGCCAGAGGAGCAAGCCCUGGCUGAAUACAGGGCUGUCUGCAGCUGAGGUAGGCCCAAGCUUCAUGGAGCUGCCCUCCUGUUUUCCUCCCUGCCACUGUGCACUUCUCUUCACACCAUCCCUGCCAGGGUGGACACAACAGCCCCCUCCUGCCCUGGAAAGACCCUAACCCUGGUGUCUCUGCUCCAUCUACUGCCCUGUCAGCUUGAAGCACCUGCCUCCUGGCUCUCUCCCCUCCAUCUCCCUUCCUCCUUCCCUGGGCUUUGCAGCAGUCUCCCCACUUGAAAGAAUUGUGUCCAUGCUGGAAGAAGCAGCACAUUUUGGCUCCCCAACCUCCCAGGAAAGGGGAGGGGUCAUAACAGACCUUGCAAAAAAAAGGACUAGACUCUUGCAGUGUGCUCUUGACAAGGCUGUGCAUUGAGCUGUUUGGAGACUUCAGUUAGUGCAGAACGUGGUUGUCCCUGAGUUAUGUGUCAUGAAGCUUGCAUUUGACUUUGAUAUUCCACUCCCUGGCUUACGAGCUGAGCUUCCACUCUGGGUUCAUUGUCCUGGAAGGCUUGGGACCUGGCUCCCCACCUCUCUGGCUCAGUCUGCUGCAGCUAAGACCAACAUUGUGGUGGAAUUUCCCUCUCCACAAGCAAAGGGUUUCAUAGAGAGCCCUCCAUCACUCUGAUGAAACUGAGCUGAUCUUCCAGGUGCGCUGCAUAGCCCAUGCCUGUCUUUUCUCACUGGCACAUGGAGACGCUGGGGGACUGGAAGUGCAGAUUGGUAAGGAUUUGGGUGGCUCUCAUUUCUCUCCUUCAGCUUGCUUUGCUCUGACUUCUCUCCAAUUCCCAGUCUCUCUCACUAUUUCUUUUAAUGCUGCUCCACUUUAUUUCCUCUCACAGUCUUCCCAAGAGUCUCCCGGGCAGUCUCUCAUUCUCCUCUGUUUCAGCACACAGGGAUGACAUAGGACGGAAAUCGUUCCUCCCCUCCAUCAGCAAGGCCAGCCCUGGCUCGUCAGGAUUCCUGCAUUGUAGCUGCUGGGGCGAGGGGAGUGUGAAGCCUUGACAGUUGCCCUUGCAAGGGACUGGAAUCUCAGCUCUGGACAAAGCAUGGAUCACUCUGGGGUCCCUCUGGGAUUUUAGGCCUAGGCCCACAUUGCAUGAAUGGCCCAUGCCCUGUAACCCUCUCCUGGUGAAGUAAUUUUUGGGGUAUUUGGUUAUUUUUGAUCAUUGUAAUCUGGGGAUUUUCCUGAGUGUGAAAAGAAUGAAAAUAAAAUGUCAAUCAUGGACCAAGGCACUGUAGUAUUUGAUCGGGCUCCAUCAUAACAGAGGGGGAAAGGCUCAGGGGAUAGUGCAGCUUAUCCUAUUAGUGUGUCCCCUCUGUUUACCUCCCUCAACCCUGAUUUCCAUGUCUCUAGCUGCCUGUGUGGUGUCAGCAGGAGUUAGGUGUAGAUGAAUAGUCCCCUAAUUCUAUCAUUGCCAGAUCCACAGGCCAGCACUGGAGCAAAUCCCCCACAGCACCAUCCACCUGCAACAGGCUGUCCAGGUAGAUCUCCCCACUGAGCUGAUUCUGUACUCCUGCAGCCAUGCCAUGAAAAAUGUUCCCUCUGAUAUCUCCUCUGGUCUGUUGCAGCAUAGAAUUGAAAGUGCAGGAAAGGUGGAGCACUUCAGGGGAUAGGAAGUGUCCAAGAAAAGAGCAGCUAGUUCCCAGUGCUCCCCUAUUUCCUGAGCACUUGUGUCUUCCACAUGAAAAAACCACUCCCCUUGUCUCUGAGCAGAUCCAUGCCUCUCUCCUUCCCACUUCCUUCUCUCUCCCCUCUGAGGUCUACCUCAUUAUCAGUAUUACUAUAUUAUUUAUCAACCCUAUAUUUCAGGCAGAGAUCUGUUGACUUACAUUAGAAACUAGAAAAGCUUUAUUUCCACAUGGAGGACUGCUACUGAGUUGCUAGUAGAGUCUAACCAACUGGAGGUCCACAUACUUUUGGUUGCCUACAAGCUGACGAGUAGCUAGAAAAGGGUUCUACAAUAUCGUUUUGAUGUCUCUCAUUGUAUCAGUUGCAUUUCAGCAACAACCUUCCUAAACUCCUCCCCUAGGACACAAAUAGGGCUACAGGGAUCAAACCUACAGACAAACAAAUCACAGGUCACCUGCAGGAUCUUUCAGCAAGCAGCAGCACUUGGGCGCUGUAUAGAUGAAUUGAGACAGAAUUGUGGAGAUAUCCACAAUGUAAUCCUCCAUUCUGACCAUUAAGCCCUUUGGCUGAUGCUUUCCAACUGAUAGGAGUGAAGCAUACAAAUAAGCUGGAGGGAAUGCACAGUGACAGGCUGGGGCAUCCCCGAAGUCACAGUGCAGCCCUGUCUCCAGCACCAAUGGGCAUGGGGUAGAAAUGUGGCUUGUUCCCAUACGUGAUGGAAUGGAUUGGACACAGUGCUCGGAAAUUACUAGCUUACAGGAAGACAAAUGCCAUCUGGUUAAGUGUUUGUCUUCACUUUGGCCAGUUUUCUUUGCUGCUGUAAUGACUCCCUUAUCUGUGGCCUGGUUGGCUUGGCUGCUAAGUAAAGCCCCAUGAAGACAUAGAGCAAGAUCUUACUCCACCUAUUAGGUGCCUAGGUCUAUGCUAGGCACCUAAAUGUAGUUCUAGUCAACUCUGAGAACACUCUCAAAAUCCCUUUAUUACACCAACAUUUCUAAUAUAACAUUAUUUUGGCCAUAAAACUAAAUUAAAAACAAAACAAAGAAAAAAACCAAUGAGGAGGACCCACCCCACCACCUUUUGCAUUAACUGCUUUCAGGGACUCAAGCAGGGCGAAAUAGAGUUGUACUUGGGCAUCUAAAUUCUCUCAUACAUCUAAUAGGCGGAGUCAUAUUUGGCCCACAGUCUCUGCCUCCAAAAGUCAGACCUUACUCCACCUCUUAGGAAUCUAAGUAUAUCUAGGAACCUAAAUGUUUCACCCUGUUCAAGUCUCUGAAAAAAAGCUAACAUGCCUAUUUUUGUAACAGGCCCUCACAACAAGCAGCACAGAGGAAGAGGAUCCAUUCAUCUUUUGUGUCAGUUGUUUUUCAGGGACUUGAACAGGAUGAAACAGAAUCAUAUUUAAAUGCUUAAGUCCACUUAGGCCUCCUAAUAAAUGGAACAGGUGUUGACUCUUAAUCUCUUCUUCUUGAUUCAGAGGAGGGAUUUGAACCAAAGUCUGCAUUUCCCAAGAGAGUGCCGCAAACACUGGGCCACAGGGCACUCUGGGCAGGGCUCUCUCCAUCCUGCCAUGAAGGUAUUCCCUCCCUACAUAGUUAAGUAUUCAGUGGCACUGGGAAAGAGAAGGAGAGAGAAAGAUACUCAUUCUACAGCUCUGUGCCAACAAUUUGGGAAAAAAAACCCUGGUUUUGAAAUGAACACUUCAUUUUUCAGUAGUGCCACCAAACUAAAAUAUCAGCUGUUCAUGCAGCUGUAGCAUCUGGAGAAAGUAGCUCUCUGGAUCUGGGAGAGCAGUGAAACUGAAAAUUUGCAAAUAGGGGCAUCUCAUUUGAGGUCUGAGGUUUGACCCAGGUCAGAAUAGCCACAGCUCAGUCCUUUAUAUGAGUUACUCUUCCAACUUGCAUUGCUGCUUCUCUAAAAGUGGGUGGCGAGUGAGAGCACACAGCUUGGGCAGCUAGUCCCUGGAAGGAGCCACAAGGACUGUACAGAAUUACAGGGCCAUGUCUCAGGAAAAAGCCUUAGCACGUUUUAUCCCUCAUGCUUCAGAGGAACUUGAAGCAAGAUCAUGGAGUUAUAGGGUCUUGGGAUGAAAGGCUUUCUCUUUGGACAAAUGUGAUGUCUAUUUACAGCUUAACAGCCAGCUUUAUUAUGCAUCAGCACAUAAGUCUCCAGGGCCAGCCAGGAGCUGCUUGAGUGGCUGUAGAGAGGUCUGCCAUGCUUCCUCCCUUGAAGGCCUCUGUCCCAUUCCCCAAGUGUAUGGCCCUCACUCCUGGAAGCGAGAGAUUCCUUUCCCACAACAUCAAGGCAGGCUGCUGUGCCUGCCUUUGAGGGGACACCUGAACCGUGAUCUCUGAUAGCAGAGCACGGGGAGACAGGUGUUUAUCGCACCAUGCCUCCAAUCUAAGUGGGAGUGGUGAUCCCCUGGGGGCAGGAGUUCUCUGAAAAGGAGCUAACCAGUUACCGUGUUGUCUGCAGUCCGAGCUGCAGCAAAAAAACAUUGUUAAACAAAUGGAGGUGAAACUGGAAGGGAUCUACGUUUAUCUGGACCAAGGUAAAUAGAACUGAGCUACCUUGGUCAGGAAUAGCAGGGGGAGGAGGUUGCAGGACCUGAGUGAGAAGCACUGUCUUGCUGUGCCAUUACUUUGCCUGGCAUUUGCCAGCCCUCACAGUUACUCAUUCUCUAAAAUCCUGUCCCUCCAAUGGCCUGCGAACAUAGCAGGUGUGUCUCAUUUUUUCCCUUCCCUGCCUGUCCCUACCUUGCUGACCCUCCCUCCUGUCUCCACAAGCUGAGUGACAGAUCACAGACUUUCUUCCUGUAGCUGGAGCAGAAUAUCGAAGUGCCUGGCCUGAAGUCAGGUCACAUCAAGGUCUAUGACUACUACCAUUAGGUUUGGAGCCAGUGGUUUCUUCAGGCCAGGAGCAGGGGCUCUGUGGCCUCAAUGCUGUGUUUUCAGAGGGCUGAGGCUGGACUCUCCCCUCUGUGUGUAACUCUGUCUUUCUCUUUUCCCCUUGCAGAGGAGCGGGCCCUGGCUGAUUACAGCACUGUCUGCAGCUGAGACACAGCCAGCAAGUUGGGAACUGACAGGAUGGGAUGGCACAGGGGAGAGCUGGUGUCUGUCUGGAGCAUGGGGAGAGUCUGUGGUGGGGCUCCAAGAGGGAGUGGGGAAGCUGGUUGGUAGCAGGGCCUUAAUGCCAGUAGAGAGGAAAUCACUGCAGAUUUCCAGGUAGGAAAGCCAGGCCAGGGGCCUCUGGGGAUAGAGAGGAAGUUCUGGGGCAGCAGGACCUCUCAGAUGGAAAGGAAGGAAACCCUUGCAGCAGGAAGGAUGGGUUAGGCAGCUGGGACAGGGCCAUCUCUCUUGUCUGGAGGGAGAAGGGUAGAUUCAGCCAGGGACGAGGCACUGAUCUGUUUGUCCCUGGCCCACAGUGGUUCCUGUAACCACAGAAAUAAUGGUCAGCAUUGGAUUGGCCUGUGCAAGUGACCUCUGGAGAGACAAAAAGGAAGCAUUUUGCUCUUCACUGAGCCCCAGAGUCAAUACCGGGAGAGAGCACUCCGCAGGAACCCCAGGAGUAGCCCCUGCUGGUCAAUGCAGGAUCCACGCCACAGCCCUAUGAAGCAAAGGGAGUGGAUAGGGACCUUCCUUCUGGCUUGGCCUGCUCUCCACAGGAUGGGAAGGGGCCUCCUAGGCCACUAAGUCCAGUCCCCAGGGCUCAUAGGCACACUUUUAUCCAAAGAAUCCCGCACAAUCACAGUCACCACUUCAAACCCUCACACAUAACCAGGCACAAAACCAUGAACAUUAAAGAAACUGCACUGGGCAAAAAAGGGGUGAUGACAGCAC